UUUCUUCCAUCGGGCCGCAUUACAAAUUUCAUGGCGAAGCAUUCCGUAUAUAAAAAGCCUGGGAAAGCAGCGAAAGAGAGAAAAACCUCACAAUAACAUUACAGGCUUUUCACAUACCUAAGUACUGUGACCACUGUUACAUGCUCCAACACCAACAAUGGCAGCGGCCAUAGCCAGAGAUGAAUCCAACUACGACAGCAGCUCCUCAUCGAUAACCGUACCCGACUCCAGCCGAAGCUGGAUGAGCAACCUAAGCUUCGGAAGCCGCCGGAGCUCGGUUUCCCUCUGUUCCGUCGAAACUUCUCUCUACAGUUCCCAUAAGCCGCACAAGGCGAACCAGGCGCCAUGGGAAGCCAUGAAGCGACUCAAGAGAGCCAAAGGUAAAGUCGGACUCGAUCAUUUUCUGCUCCUUCGUAGAGUGGGAAGCGGAGACAUAGGGAAUGUUUAUCUUUGCCAGAUAAGGAACCCUAUGGUUGGGUUGCCUCAGUGUUUUUACGCCAUGAAAGUGGUGGAUAGAGAAGCUCUCGCUAUAAGGAAGAAGUUGCAGAGGGCUGACAUGGAGAAAGAGAUUCUGGGUAUGCUCGAUCAUCCGUUUGUACCCUCUUUGUAUGCAGAGUUCGAGGCUUCUCAUUACUCUUGCUUGGUAAUGGAGUAUUGCCCUGGCGGGGACUUGUAUGUUGCGAGGCAACGCCAACCGGCAAAGCGUUUCAGCAUUACAUCUGCUAAGUUUUACGCUGCCGAGAUACUUUUAGCGCUAGAGUAUCUGCACAUGAUGGGCAUUGUUUACAGGGACCUGAAACCAGAGAACGUUUUGGUUAGAGAAGAUGGGCAUAUUAUGCUUUCAGAUUUCGAUCUUUCCUUCAAAUGCGACGUUGUUCCAAAGCUGCUAGGUCGAAAACCCAACUUGGAAGACGCUGAAAAUUACGACAGCUACUGCUUGACUCCUUCAUGCGCUACCCCCAUGCAACCAGUUCUGUCUUGUUUCUCGUCUUCCAGCAGGAAGAAGAAAGGUUCUAGAGUCACAACAAUCACAGAACAAGGUCAUAGUUGCGGCCAUGAAGUUGGUCCGGAGCUGGUGGCCGAACCAAUCAAUGCCAAGUCCAAGUCUUUCGUCGGAACCCACGAAUACUUAGCCCCAGAAGUGAUUUCAGGGCAAGGCCACGGGAGUGCAGUGGACUGGUGGACGCUAGGGGUGUUUUUGUACGAAAUGUUGUACGGUAGAACGCCUUUCAAAGGCGAAAACAACGAGAAAACACUGAUUAACAUCCUUAAACAGCCUUUAAUGUUCCCCAGAAUCAGUGUUCAAAGCGGUAAAGAAUUUGAAGAGAUGGCCAAAGUUCAAGAUCUCAUCAGCAAGCUACUGGUGAAGAAUCCAAAGAAGAGAAUAGGAAGCUUGAAGGGGUCUGUUGAAAUCAAAAGGCAUGAGUUCUUCAAAGGGGUGAAUUGGGCUCUUAUUAGAUCAGUAAGGCCACCUGAAGUCCCCAGUGAUGUGUACAAGAGUAGGAGCAGUAGGGGUCACAUUCCAAAGCUAAGGAAAGAAGAAAGAGAUGCCCCAUAUAAAAUCCCUCGUCAUUUUGAUUAUUUCUAACUCUAGAAGUGUAAAUUAAAAUAUCCCCCCAAAAAAGAGAGUUGUUUUUCCUGCAAAUUUGAUGGUUUGGAUUAAUUAACAUUUAAUUUUUUUUUAUGUAUUCUGACGUGUUAAAGG